GCAGGACGAAUUCCUUGUGUCCUGAUCUUUUGGCUGCAACGUUUAUUAUUUACGGAAACGUUCCGAGACAAAACCGCAUUUUUAAAUAUGCGACGACGGACUGAUUUGUCAUUUGAAUUCAUCAGGACGAUGUGAAUUUGCCCAUUGGAAUUAUGUGGUUUGUGCAGAAUUGCGUUGUCGUUGUUUUCGUCCUUUCUUCCAGUUUCCUGUUUACCUAUUCGAAAAAUGCCAAAAUUGAAGAUGUUUCCACUUGUUAUGCGCCCAAACUGACUAUGAGAAAUAACCCGGAGGGAAAUCACGUGCACGUGCUCAAGGAGACGUAUUCCAACGUGAAAGAAGUGAAAUUUUACGGAUCCAUCGGUCCUUUGGGUGAGAGGCGAUUAUGCAAGAUCAAAUGUAUCGACGGCCAAUGGGUUGGUCCCUUAUGCAUAGACGAACAAGAGAAAGGAAGAUUCCAACCACUAUUCAGGAACUGCAAGCUGGACUACUUAAAUCCGAAUUUAAUCAUCACCUUCAGGAACAUCACAAUUAAAGACAUCGGCUUGGUGUACCCCCAUGGGACGGUACUAAAAGCAAGGUGUCGGGAAAUUGGGAUGUACAAACUUCUCGGCAACUCCACACCUAAGUGUGAAAACGGAGUUUGGUCCUCCAGACUGCCAUCUUGUGUUCGAACCACCCUGUUCACCAAUCUUACCGAAGAUGCCCCACCUCCGACAAUCCUCUUUAAAAUACCUUCGGGGUCAUCCUCAAUCGAGCCGGGAGGUGAACUUGCAAUUUAUCCUGGAACGACAGUACAUUUAGAAUGUAUAUUUUCCAGACACCUGGGCUCGCCUGAUUGGACCUGGACCGCACCUCUGGGUGAAUAUUUAACAGGUUGGGCUAUUGCUCCGGAAGAAAGGGACUGGAAGUACAGACUAUCAAUUUACUAUGCUAAAGAACAAGACUCUGCCACAUUCACUUGUUCAACUCCACGUGGUAUCACCAACAGUAUUGUCCUUCAUGUUGCAGCGGUCCACUGUGAGCCAAUAACUGCUGAACUGGAUGAGCACAUGACUAUGCGAAGUGAAGGCACAAAGCUGGGCCAGAAAACUUAUUUCCAAUGCCAAAGUGGAUACCAAAUCAACGGUGAUCACAAUAUUACUUGUCAAUUAUCAGGACAGUGGUCAGGUGCAGUUCCAACGUGUGAACUAGUGAAGUGUCCAAUGUUCCAUCCUAACAGCAACUUAACAACGAGGCAUUUAAAAAUUGAAGAGCAAAGCAAUUCAUAUGGAGGACGAAUAGUUUUCAGUUGUGAAUGGGGGUACAGACUAGUUGGAACGCCUGGAUUGGAGUGCGAAUUAAACGGCACUUGGUCGGGGAUUAUUCCCAAAUGCACAAUUAUCCAGUGUUCACCACCGAUAAUCCAGCCAAACUCCAACCUCCUGGUGAACGAAAUUUCUGGCAUGGAUGGUGGCAAAUAUACGGUGGGGAGUUUAUUGCAGUUUUCUUGUAAUAAUUCGUUGGUUUUGAUGGGGGAGAGCACAAUUAUGUGUACAGAAACAGGCAUUUGGUCACAUCCGUUACCAGUCUGCAGACUAAAAUGAAAGAUUCAAUGAAAUGUCUUCUACCAGGGUAAAAAUGUGUAGACGAUCAGUUUAAAAACUUUUAAUCCAGUUGUUCAUUAACGAAUAUAGGGUGUUUCUUAUGUACUGGGAAAUUAAAUUAAUAUUAAUAAGGUUAAUAUGAAGUUGAUGUAAGUUUUACGUAAGAACCAGCCUGUAUAUAAACAUUUAAAUAAAAGUAUAGUGGAGUAGAAAAUAAAAAAAAAAAUUGUAGCAUUAUCAUCUAU